AUGAAGGAGGCCGAGACAGUGCAAAACACCAGCGCAGCUCCCCUUGAUCGUGUCACCAGUACCGGUACAUGGGGUGAACCAGAACAUGGCGAGCAUGUCAACGUCGACCAAGCCAUGCAGGACUUCCAGCUCGCACGACAAUCAUCACGCGGCUCUGCGACCAGUGUCGGCGCGUCCGCAUCAUCCUCUGGUCUCCGUGGCGGCUCUGCGAUCGGCCGUGCUCUUAGCGGCGGCGACCGCAAGAAGCAGCCAAAGAUCAACGAGAAUGAACUCGAUCUCGAAAACGUCCCUUCUGAAGACGCCUACGAGAACGACUUCGAUCUUGGCAAAUGGCUUUUGACACGCAGUGCACAGGCCAAGGACGAGGGCAUCGACGAUGGAAAGCCUGUUGGAAUGCUUUGGAGGGACAUCUCCAUCACUGCUCCUGGCUCUGGCGGAGGCGGCAUCUUUGUAAAGACCCUGCCCAUCGCCAUCUCCAACACCGCCUGGAGAGAUCCCAUCGGCGUCCUCACCACUCUGAUUCCACCGCUCUCCAAUCUCUUUGCCCCCCGCAACAUGCCCACCACCACCCUUCUCCACAGCUCAAGUGGCAUUCUCAAGCCAAGCGAGAUGCUCCUCGUCCUCGGUCGACCAGGCUCCGGUUGCUCCACCGUGCUCCGUGCCAUCACCUCCAAGAACCAUACCAACGUCUCUGCUUCAGGCAAGAUCCUUUAUGGAGGUCUCUCUCCCGACGAGAUCAAUCGCAAGUACCGAGGUGAGGUCGUUUUUGUCGACGAGGAGGACGUCCACUUCCCCACCCUCACCGUCGGUCAGACGCUUGAGUUUGCCCUCAAGAACAAAGUUCCUCAUCGAUCACGCCGACUCAAGGGCGAGUCUCGCCAGCAGUUCAUCGAGACUUGCAUCGAUGUCAUGCUCAAGAUGUUUGGCAUGACCCAUGUCCGCGACACCAUCGUCGGCGACCAAGCCGUUCGCGGAGUAUCUGGAGGCGAGCGAAAGCGAACAACCAUCUCCGAGGCUCUCGCCACCCGCGCCAGUGUCAUUGCCUGGGAUAAUUCCACACGGGGUCUCGAUGCCUCCACCGCGCUUGACUAUGCACGCUCUCUUCGCAUCAUCACCGACCUUGCUCAGCGCUCCACCAUCGCUACCCUAUACCAAGUCUCUGAAAGCAUCUUUGAUCUCUUCGACCGUGUCGCCGUCAUUGAUCAGGGCCGAUGCAUCUAUUACGGUCCACGUAAGCUUGCUCGUUCUUACUUCUACGAGCUCGGCUACGAUACGCCUGACCGUCAGACCACUGCCGAUUUCGUCACGGCCCUCACCGACGUCAACCAAGUCGUCUUCCGUCCUGGCAUGAGGGACCGUGCACCCAAGACGGCCGAAGAUCGCGAACGUGUAUGGAGGUCCAGCAGCCUCUAUCGACAGCUCGAAGGCGAGAUGGAGUCCUACGAGCAACAUUUGGCUCAGUCAGAGCAAGCCGACCAGCUCAAGCAGACCGUCCGCUCCGAAAAGCGCAAGGGUGUCAGCAAGGGAUCCAGCUACACGGUCAGCUUCUGGGAUCAGAUCCUUAGCUGCAUCUGGCGACAGCUUCUCAUCAAGUGGGGCGCAAGAGGCGAUCUCUACGUCAAGCUCUUCACCAUCAUCUCGGUCUCUUUCAUGAUCUCGUCGCUCUUCUACAAGCAGCCGUUCGACUCCGAGGGUGUCUUCACUCGCGGCGGUAUCCUGCUUUUCGCCUGUUUGUUCAACGGUUGGCUUCAGCUUUCCGAGUCCUUCGAAGCCGUCGCCGGUCGACCUAUGCUUAGCAGACAUCAGCAGUUUGCCUUCUACCGGCCCUCAGCGGUGGUUCUGGCGCGAGCUCUGGUCGACAUCCCCUUCCUCCUAGUGCAAUGCUUCCUUUCGUCCAUCAUCAUCUACUUCCUUUCGAACCUGAGGAGCAACGGCGGCGCCUUCUGGAUCUUUUACGUCUACUGCUUCCUCUCCUCGUACUCCUUGACCGCGCUCUACCGCAUGUGCGCCGCUUUCUCGCCCGGGUUUAACGAAGCCAUCCGCUUCUCGGUGCUUGCACUCAACGUCCUCAUCAUUUGGGUUGGCUACGUUCUUCGCAGGCCCCAGAUGAAUUGGCUGAUUUGGCUCAGCUAUGCACAGCCGAUCAGCUACGCAUUUGAAGGCUUCUUGGCGAACGAGCUCAACUAUCCCAUCAAUUGCGCACCGCAACAGAUCGUGCCCUUUGGCGAAGUCAGAGACGUUGCGUACCAGACCUGCUCGCUCACCGGCGGCGUACCCGGCUCGGUCGUCGUCAACAGUGCUGACUACCUGUCCACCACAUUCGGAUACUCGAGGUCAAACAUUGGUCGCAACGUAGGCGUCAUGAUCGCUUUCUCUGUGCUUUAUCUUAUCCCGACGGUCAUCGGAGCCGAAAUCAUGAACUUUGGUGGUGCCGGCGGUGGCGUCACCGUUUUUGCUCGAACCAAAGCAGCCAAGGCCAAGCUUGCGGCCUCAAAGCCUGCCGCGAACGAUGACAUCGAGGAGAAGGCCGCCAUUGCAGCGAACCACCCGAGUUCGAACGAUAGCAACGGUAGCGUCACUCGUGCCAACUCGCCGACUGACUCCGGCAAGAACAGUAGGUCUGACAAGCAAGUCUCGGCCAAGUCGGCGGAUGAACUCGACAAAAAGGCCAUCUUCACAUGGAAGGACGUCUCGCUCACGUUGCCAACCGGGCGGAAGCUGCUCGACGACAUCACUGGAUACGUCAAGCCAGGUACCAUCACGGCGCUGAUGGGCGCUUCAGGUGCCGGUAAGACAACGCUACUCACUGCGCUUUCGCAGCGAGGGGUUGCCGGUGCUCUCUCGGGUGAUAUUCUUGUCGACGGCAAACCUCUCGGACCAGGAUUCCAGCGUGGAACCGGCUUCGUCCUCCAAGGUGACAUCCAUCUUGCAUCGCAGACCGUGCGAGAGGCGAUCGAGUUCUCGGCACUUCUACGUCAGCCUGCGGAAGUUCCGCGUGAGCAGAAAUUGGCCGACGCCAAGCGUGCAAUCGAGCUUCUCGAGCUGGAGGAUCUUCAAGAUGCGCUCAUCGGUGUUCCUGGUUUCGGCCUCGGUGUAGAGCGCAGGAAGCGAGUCACGAUCGCCGUUGAGCUCGCUGCCAAGCCUGACUUGCUUCUCUUCCUGGACGAGCCCACCUCUGGUCUCGACUCGGCUGGCGCUGCUUCCAUCGUCCGACUCAUCCGCCGUCUUGCCAGCGAAGGACAGGCCAUUCUCUGCACCAUUCACCAGCCUAGCGCCUUGCUCUUCGAGUCGUUCGACAAUCUAUUGCUUCUGCAGCCUGGUGGAAAGACAGCCUACAUGGGACAGAUCGGCAACGAGCGAGCCAAGGGCUCCGACCGCGUACGAGAGUACUUUGAACGAAAUGGCGCCCCCGCAUGCCCUCCGACCACUAAUGUCGCCGAAUACAUGCUCGAGGUGGUUGCACAAAAGUCCCAAAAGCCGUGGUCUGAGCGAUGGAAGGCAUCGCCCGAAGCCAAGGCGCUCCGUCAAGAAGUCGAAAGCAUCAACGCCGAACGGGCAGGUCGUCCCGUCAUUCAGGACUCGCGCGCCGAGCGUGAAUACUCGGCUACGCUCAAGACGCAGAUUGUCGAGUGCACCAAGCGUCAGUUCCGUGAUCUCUGGAGAGACGCACCCUUUGCCUACGGCAUCCUCUUUUCGAACAUUGUCACUGGUUUCGCGGCCGGAGGUGGCUUCGCUCACCUGGGCAACUCGGUCACCGACUUGCAGUACCGCGUCUUUGUCGUUUUCCUCGUCAUCCUCAACUUCCCCGCCACGGUCAACUCGAUCAUCUCCAAGUUCUGGGAGAUGAGAAUCACCUUCACGGUUCGCGAAGGUCCUUCCAAGACGUACUCGUGGAUCGCUUUCAUGACAGCUUUCGUGGCCGUAUCGAUCCCCAUCGCUCUUGUUGCGUCGGUGCUGUUCUUCCUGCCUUCCUUUUUCUUGCCCUUCUAUACGCAGCCGUCGACGGUGGCAGGUAUGUGGUACCUGAUGAUCUUCCUUGUGACGUGCUACGAGAUGUUCUUCUCGUUGGCGCUUGCCGCAGCUUGCCCUACACCCGUGACUGCAGCCAAUCUGCUACCCUUCUUGCUGCCGUUUGUUGCUAUCGUCAAUGGUGUCAUCAAGCCCAUCUCGACGCUGCCGAAACCGUGGAAGGAGCUCAUCUACGCCAAUCCUCUCUACUGGUACGUGCGCUCCAUGGUAGGCAACAUCCUUCACGAUCUUCCCGUUCGAUGUCGUCAGGAGGAUUUGGCGAUCUUCAAUCCACCUGCCAGCCAGACGUGUGGUCAGUAUGCCUUGCAGUGGGUCGAGUCGGUGGGAGGCCAGCUGCUCAACCCUGACGCCAACAGCCGAUGCGAGUUUUGCCAGUACCAGGUCGGCGAUCAGUUUGCUGCUACGUUGGGAGCCACUUGGGGUUUCCGCUGGAAGGGUGUCGGUAUCGUGGCAGGCUAUACCAUCGGUCAGCUGUUCUUGGCUUACGUCGCUUACUGGUACUUUACCGAGAAGGGCUACGGCAUCGGCGCUGGCCUCUUCUCGGGUUUUGUUGGAAAGGUCAAACGUUUCGGCAAGGGUCGAGAGUAG